CAGGAAAAGCCAAUAAUGCCCCUUUGGUUGUCUUUGUUACCGGCGGAUAUAUCGGUAUCCGCUAUCUCGUCCACCGUGGCCGCCGCCACGGUCACUGCCGCAACCUUCUUCUUAGUCUGCAAGUCUCACAAAGAAAACCUCAUAACACUACAUCAAGAACAACUGAAACGCAAUCCACGUGGCAAGAUCCUGUUCGUUUCGCCAAUGGGACUUUCAACUUCGGAAGGCCUCUGCAAUUUGUUAGAGUCGAAAGGCCUCGUUUUGGAGGUCGUAGAUGCUCGGAAUUAUGAUCCCGAAGAUCUAUCCAAGGAGAACCUCAUCCUCCUCGUUCAUUCAACUUCGGAUUUUUGCUACCAACAUCACCGACUGUGGGCCUACGAAAAGGACGACAUCAAAGGAGCAAAGGACUUCGCCAGUUGGCUCGUGCAUAACGCGGAGAGCUUUGGGAUCGGAGCGGUUGUUGUGAAGGCUUCCAAUUUCACUGCAUUUGUGGUGGGCAAAAGGGAUGGUAAGAAUUUGAUGGCUAAGGCCGCCAAUCAUUUUAGGGAUUUGGAUCACGUUCAAUGCGGUAAUCAUUUUGAAGAGUGGUGGGGAAGUGUUGUUGCGACGGUUUCAGGAGAUACGGUUGCUAAUGGCAUGUGCGGGGAAUCUGAACCUGAGGAUGAUGUUGGUUGUUCUGAUCCAAAAAGCAUAUAUAUGUUGGUGGAAAAUGUGGAUGAAGUAGAUGGAAAAAGAACCUUCAGGCGCAGGAUGUUAACUAUCACGGAGGCCAACUUUAUGAAGAAUGGAAGUGUUGAUCUUGAAGAUGGAGGUCCUGUGACUGCCCAAUGGCCUGUUGGAGACGAUCUAAUAAUCGAUUCCAACUUACCAACUUUUCAAGGAUUUUGUUCCCUUGGUGGUAGCUUGUUCAUUGCUGGUGGUAUCAUGUGUAACAAUGGAGCAAAAUUUGAAUUUCAGCUAAAAUUGGAACAUUUUUUCCCUGCAAAAAUGUGGUGCCUCAAGUAUGACGGUUCAACCUGGAUUUGGAGUUUAUGCGGAAGCAUGUUCUACCACCGGAUGGAUCCCAUAGUAGUCCCAUACCAUGGCAAGUUGUGCAUCUUUGGGGGUGACAAUGGAGAUGGAUAUUGGGUUGAAGUCUAUGAUCCAAAAUCAGAUUUAUGGGAAAAAAGGGAAGUGUCCGAUUAUACGUACGUAAGCCAGACUCCUAAAUCUUACUUUUUGUGGGAGGACAGAACGGAGCCUCAUAAAAAGACCCUCAUUAUGUUUUAUUUUUCUUCUGGCAAGAAUCAGUGGCUCAAAUCAUAUGACUUCGAGGCCAACCUUUGGGAAUCCUAUUACUGCAAUUUACCGCCAAUUCGUGAUUGUUGUCCUAGGAAACUAAUUCGUUUGGCAUGUAGUAAUUAUCUCCUCAUUGUUGACUCUGCCGAUAUGUGGUACAUUUAUGACUUUUCUGAGAGGAAUCUCGUGGCAGAUGUGCGCGUCAAUGGUUUGGAAGAGCUGACUGGACGGGUGUCAUAUGUUUUCUGUUGCCACUGCACCAGCGAAGAAAGUCUGAUUUAUGUCUUCAUGGAACUAGAUGAAAAGGUUGUUGAAGAACAUGGUGGUGAUCCUGACCUUGUUCCUUAUGCUAGAGUCAAGCUCCAAAUGAAUGGUAAUUUUUUCGCCAAGGUUGAAUCCAAGGGUAAUCUUAAAGUUGGUCCCUAUAGCAAACUCUAUAUGUUUGCUGUUGGAGACCAAGACACUAAAUUAAAUGGAGGAUUGUAGCUUAGUUUUGCGCAUCAUACGGGCGUGGUGGCCAUUAUAUUAAUAGGAAUAGUUAGGUA